AUGGACGAAGAAGAGCAGGAGACUCUCAUCCAGACGCUCAGCGACCAGAACGCCGCCCGAAACGCGCAGUUCCAAAAGCUGCUCCUCGCCGUGCCGGUUCUCUCCACCAUACCGUAUCUCGUCGCCAUGUUCCGGCCCUCAACCUUCCUGCUGUCCGUCUUCGGGCUCACGUCUCUCCUCUCCACCACAUAUCUCCUCUACACGCUCCCGCCUGCCGAGACGGGCAUCCGGUUCCUCGACAACUGGAACGCGCCGAAGCAGGACUCGGCGGUCCCUGAUGAGGGGCCGAGCGCGAGCGCAUCCAGGGCGCCGAGGCAGGGGCGGCAGCGGCCGCGAUCGAGCUCGUUCUCCUUUGUGGAGCAGAAGUCGCCGCUGGAGACAUACCUGCCGUAUCUGAACCUCGGGCUGUGCGGCGUCUUGAUCCUGACGGGAUUCGUGGUGAGGGACAGUAGUGGCCGGAGGCUGGGGCUCUUGGGGCUGGGCAACCUGCCGGCCAUCGUGUACUUUGUCGUGCUGGCCGCCAAGGUUGUCAUGGCCGGCGUGGAUCCAGAGACGGAGCUCGGCAGCUUGAGAUAUGAGUACAAAGGGGCUUGA